AUGGUUGCAUUGCAGCGCAAGGUCAAGCUCGUUACCGAGCAGAAGACCAUUCCCAAGGAAUCUCCGAUGUCCGACUUCCCCAUGAAGGAGUGGAAGGUCAACGUCUACAUGCUUGACCAGGACGGCAAUGAGCACCCCGCCAACUGCUUCAUCAAGGCUGUCUACAACCUGCACCCCUCGUUCGAGAACCCCCACCAGACCUUCACCGAGCCUCCCUUCACCUGCACCAACGAGGGCUGGGGUGAGUUCGAGAUGUCGAUCGACCUUUACACGACGGAGAAGGCCAAGAACACCUUGUUCCACGAUCUCAACUUCCAGCAGCCGACGUACGACGUGAUCCAGACGGUGGUGUUCAAGAACCCCUCGCAGGCUCUCACCAACCUGCUGCGCGAGACGGGCCCCGUUGGCAACGAUGACGAGGCGAAGGCCAAGCCGCGCAAGGCCACGGACGGCAAGAAGCGCAAGCUGAACUGGGACUACGAGAAGAUGGGCGAGGCUAUGACCAAGCUUGGCGAAGACGAGCUCCUGCACCUGAUCCAGAUGAUCCACGACAACAAGAGAGAGGAUACCUACACUCACAAUGACAUGGAGCAGGGCGAGUUCACGAUCGACCUGUACACUCUGGGCGAGCCGCUGACCAAGAUGCUAUGGGACUUCUUGGGAUCGUGCAACGCUCUCUGA